GGGCGGGGCCUGAAGCCGGAAAGCCGCCCGCCGCGGGAGAGACGCCGGGUCGCACCGCAGCCGCCGAGUCGCUGCCGCCAUGAUCAUCCCGGUCCGCUGCUUCACCUGCGGCAAGAUCGUCGGCAACAAGUGGGAGGCCUACCUGGGGCUGCUGCAGGCCGAGUACACCGAGGGGGACGCCCUGGACGCGCUGGGCUUGAAGCGCUACUGCUGCCGCCGCAUGCUGCUGGCCCACGUGGACCUGAUCGAGAAGCUGCUCAACUAUGCGCCCCUGGAGAAGUGACCUCGCGGGCCACCGCUGGGACCUGGCCGAGCUGGUGUCGUGGGGGACGGGGGUGUAGCCAGAAGCCAUGCCCACCCCCAGCUGCGUGGACCCGUCUCCUGCUUUGGAAGGAACUGUCCAGUAAAGGCCUUUGCAGAACCAGA